UGCGGCGGAGCGGGAGCGGGAUCGGGAGCGGAGCUGUGCGGCCGUCGCCGGGCAGCGCGUUCCGGGCACGGCGCUCGGCGUCCAGCCGCGGGCAGGGGAUGGCCGCUCCGGGCAGGGUGCGGCGCGGCGCGCUGGGCUGAGCGGAGCGAGCCGCGGUCGCCCGCCUGCCAGGACCAUGCCGUCGGGGAGAGAGCCGGGCGCCCCUCGGCUGCGGGAUCCGAGCGGGGCGGCCGCCCCGGCAGCGGCCGGCAGCGCCUGAUCCCGCGCCGCGCUGCCCCCGCGCACCGCCAUGGACGAGCGCUUCAACAGGUGGCUGCUGCCGCCGCUGCUGGCGCUGCUCUUCUUGCUCAUCGUCUACCAGUACGUGUCGCCCGCCUGCCCCGGCGCCGCCUGCCCCCGCCGUCCGCCGGCCUCCGCCGCCCGCCGCGGGGGGGGCCCGGAGGAGCGGGAGGAGGAGGAGGAGGCGGCGGCGAUGCCGCGGCUGGCGGCCAAGUUCCCGUUCGCCCGGGGGGAGCUGUGCCGGCGGGUACGGUUCGACAUGCGGGGCCGCGACGUGAUCGUCUUCCUCCACAUCCAGAAGACGGGCGGCACAACCUUCGGGCGGCACCUGGUGCGCAACAUCCACCUGGAGCAGCCCUGCUACUGCCGGGCCGGGCAGAAGAAGUGCGCCUGCCACCGCCCGGGCGGCGACAAGGACACCUGGCUCUUCUCCCGCUUCUCCACCGGCUGGAGCUGCGGGCUGCACGCCGACUGGACCGAGCUCACCAGCUGCGUGCCCGCCGCCAUGGAGCGCCGCGGCUGCGCCGGCAACCGCACCCUCAGGAAUUUCUAUUACAUCACCAUGCUGAGGGAUCCAGUGUCACGGUACUUGAGCGAAUGGAAACAUGUCCAGAGGGGUGCGACCUGGAAAACUUCCCUUCAUAUGUGCGAUGGAAGAAGCCCAACACCAGACGAGCUGCCUACCUGUUAUGAGGGAGACGACUGGUCUGGAGUCAGCUUACAGGAGUUCAUGGACUGUAGCUACAACUUGGCCAGCAACCGCCAGGUGCGCAUGCUGGCAGACCUCAGCCUGGUGGGGUGCUACAACCUGACUUUCAUGAAUGAGAGUGAGAGAAAUAUGAUUCUUCUCCAAAGCGCCAAGAACAAUCUGAAAAACAUGGCCUUCUUCGGGCUGACGGAAUUUCAGAGGAAAACACAGUAUCUCUUUGAGAGGACAUUCAACCUAAAAUUCAUUUCCCCGUUCACCCAAUUCAACGUUACGCGGGCCUCGAAUGUGGACAUCGGCGAGGAUGUGCGGCAGCGGAUAGAGGAGCUGAAUUUCUUGGACAUGCAGCUGUAUGAAUACGCAAAGGACCUGUUCCUGCAGCGCUUCCAGUACUCCAAGCAAGAGGAGCAUCAGAAGAACCGGCUAAAGAGGCGAGAGGAGCGGCGACUGCUGCGGGAGCAGAGAGCUCACCAGUGGCCAAGGGAAGAGGCAGCAGAAGUAGCUGUUACUGAAGAUUAUAAUAGUCAGGUUGCAAGGUGGUGAUGCUCCUCCAUCUUGCCUAACCAAUGAGAGGAUCAGAUUGUUUGUGCAACGUGGCUACCUGGGAAUUAGCCAAGGGAGACCUACUGCUUUGGUAAAUGAGACCUCGUCUGACAACUCCCCCUCCUUGUCUCAGUUUUUCUUGGUUUCUGCCAAUGAGAAUGUAUUUUUUUCUCAAUAGGUAUUGUUUAGUGUUAUUAAAUGGCAGUAGAAUAAGAUUCCUGCCAAAAAAAGACUUCCUUCAAAGGCCUAAGCUAUGAGGAUGGGUUGAAGAGAGAGAGAGAUUCUUUGCAUUAACAGAUGUACCCUGUACAAUCUGAGCUACUAAAACUUGUGCAGACAUGAAUGAUAAAUUGGGGGAAAAUACCUGGUAUGGGUUUUUUGUGACAUGAGAGCUGGUUUAUUUCGUACUGUUCAUUACAACUGUAGUGCAUAACUUUCUAGUGAAUGAAAUGGAGAAGGUGCACACAUUGCCCUUCAAACUUCUACAUGCUAUGUUUUGAUUAAGAGAAGAAUUUGAUGAGGUGAUUAAAAAAGACAUAGGGAGUGUUGGAUUGGGGCACUUCUAGCUCUGUUCCAAAGGCCAGCAGUGAGAGAUUGAUUAUAGGUGAGGUGGUAGAGGGGUUGGCUUAUUUCCCUGCAGGUGCUGAGAGUACCAAGCCCAGCCAGGUAGGAACCAAGUGUGUGUGGCAAAGGCAAGCUUUGAGAAAUGAGGUCCACGUGGCAGCUGAGCACACAUCACAGAGAUUAUCUGGCUGAGGGCAAUGAAAUCUGCCUUCACAUUCUCAAAAGAGGUCAAGCAAACUCCAGGGAAGAGGAAAGAGAGAGAAGGAAAAGAUUAAAUAUUAGUGCGACAUUUUCCAGAUUUGCUGUAAAAGCCUGGAGAUACAUUGUCUGUGAAGGUAGGCAGGUUUAUUAUAUUGUCUGUUAAAAUACAUUGAUGCUGAGUGCAUACAGUUUAAAUUGGUUUUCUCUCUAACUACAGUAGUGGCUAGAAAAAAAAUCAGCUUUCAUUUUUAUAGGAUACAUAAUGGAUAUGUGGAAAGUCUUGAUAUUUAUUACUCCAUAUGAGGGUUCUUUGUAAAUUUAUUGUUUUCAUGAUGAGAGAUCUGUAUCUGUUUUUCUUCCUUGUCUAGAAAAUGAUUCAAUGGGUUCUUCCUCCAUGUGUUCCAUUCUUGUGGCUAAACUGCAUCUGUUUAUUCCAAGAUUUUAUGUUGUUCCAUUCGUAAUAGUGAAAUUUAAAAAAAAAGGGUCCUGUGCACCAUAGAUCUUCUGAGAGUUUUUUUCCUUCUUCUUCUGGCAUAAAUGUAAAGCAUUAGGAGGAAAUUUCUCUAAGUGCCUCAACAUGGCUGCUAAAUCAAGAUGCUGAAAGUAUAUUAUUGCAUGCAUGAAUGGCUUUUACCUUAUAGAUUUGCUAAUUAGAAGUACUGGAGUACCUGAUGUGGAUGCACAUUUCUCGCUUAUUUUCAAAAUUCAAAGUUUCCAUCCAGUUGGUUGAAAAAAUAAUGUAUUACAGAAAAAAAGAGGCUCAAUUUGAAAAUUUGUCCCUUCAUUUCCAAGUUGGAUUUUUUUUUGUGCAUGCUGUAUCUUCUCUUCUUCUGACAAUGCUAUUGCUACAUAUCUAUGCAGAAUAUCAAAAAUCGAGUCUAAUGAUCCUGUUGAAAGUUUAUGCAUAUAAUAAUACAUUGAACAUGAAGUAUCAUAAUAUCAUUAAGAAGUGAAGAAGGCUACCAGGAUGAUGCCUCAUUAUCAAUGUAGUUCAUUAACAAUAUGCUGCUUUACGUCUGAUUGUCAGUGUGUUACUUUGGGGUGAGUAGUGGUGGGUUUUGGUCCCUAAUACCUCUUCCACUCAUGGUUCAUGUACAUCUUCUCCCACCUCCACAAUCAGAAGGGAAAAGGAAGAUUGUUGUUCUCCUGUCUGAGCAUGGGAUGUCUGCCUUAGAGAAGAGUGAGGAGCUCCCUGGGUUCCUGGAUGGUGCUGCUUGGAUCCCCAUUGCCUGGAAGAGGUGCUACGACACCUCGCUCAUGUAUGGACACCAACCUUCCAAGACUUAAAUUGAAAUCCUUACAGUUGAGGUCUGAAGCUCGCUCUGGGUGUCCUGGCUGCAGGACAGUGGGGCUCACUGGCACUAUUGCACCUUCAGCACAGUGCAGGUAAUUGACAGUGAUCUGACAGCCGCUGGCACCAGGGCUUUAGGCUGGGCUGGCCCUGGCCCUGUGGAGGGAAGGAGCUUUCUGGCCGAUGACCCAGGGAUCAUGGGAACUGUUACAUCUCCCCAUUCCUGCGCCCAUUGCCACAUCUUGCUGGAGAGACCAAACAGCGUGAGAGGGGAGGGAAGGGUGCUUUUGGCACCUGAUGCUCAGUCUCCAGGAUUUGCCAGACCACUUCUUGUUCCCAUAAGCACAGGUAGCUCGGGGUGCUGGGGAGACUCUGAAGGGCAGGAGAGAAGCCAGCCAUGUGGAAGGAAAGAUGCAAGGCCAAAUUCACAUUAAGCAAGGAAGUAAGAUAAAUUCCAACUCAUCUUUUGUUCUGUAGGGCAUCCUUUUCUCUUCCUCCUAAGUGCAAAAAAAAAGUUGUCACUUCCUCACAUACCUCUUUGCUCAGCAGGCCACCUCUCCAUGCUGCUCACAGCAACUGGGGCCCCGUUUUUCAUUUAAAAAAUGCAGUGUUUUUCUUUUCAAGGGAGAGGAGACAGUGCUCAGAAAUACUUCCCUGGAGCCUCACCAGUGACUGUAAGUAUCAGUUUCAGCUGUCUAAGCACACCAACUGUUCUCCAGACUGUUCCUUCUGCCUGAUACAAAACAAAGCCUAAUGAGGAAAAUCGAAGACGUUUUCUAGGUGGUUUACAUUAGCUUGAAUAGUUUGGCAACAUCUUAAUGUGAUGCCUAACCUUUUUCAUCAGUCAUUUCCCACGAGUCAAGAUUAGGGUCCUGAAGAGCUGUUAAUGUGCUGUGGCAUCUCUGUUAAUGGGAUUUGCCUUAACGCUUGGGAUUUAGUUAAAAUUGAAGUUAGUUUGUUCGAUUUUUUUUUUUCCUCUGGAGCCUGUGUAACAGCACUGGUUGUGCAGGAGUAAGUUUGUUGCUUUUGUUCUUUUGGGUUUUGUUUUUUUUUUUUGGGGAGGGGUGGGCAGUCAGCAGCUAAGACCUUGCCCAGAGCCCUGGGACUGAAGGGCCUGACACCUCCUCCCCUAGCUCCAGCUGCAGAUCCAGCAAACUCACUGCACCAACAAACCUGUUUUUCUUAGCAGAGUUUCCUUACACGUGACAAAUAAAGCAGUUUGGAAACACCUUCAGGCUGACUUCUGAGACACAGGCUUGCAGCCUUUUUCCUCUUGGGCACUGUGCCUGAAAUAAUGUAAUGCAAAAGCAAAAUAAAGGUCUUGCUUCAUAUCUCUGUUGUUCCAGGUUUUCAUUGCUCUGACAGCAGAAACUUCACCUUAAUUACACUGGCCCAUAUAAGAUCAGGGAGCAGCAUGUUUCUU